GUUCCCAUGAUGCCCCUUGAUUAAAUAACGCAUGCGCACUCGGGCCAUUGCAAAUGGCGGAUUCUGUUAUUGUUCCAUGGCGCACAUCACAGGGAUAAAAUUAUGCUCGAAAAAAUAUCUCAAGCAGAUAUGGAGGCGGGGGAAGAGCAGGACCUAGCCACCACAGUGCUCACCUGUGAGGGCGACCUGCGCGACCCUGCCUUUCCCGGACGGCUUCAGAGCCUCGUGCUACGGCUCCGGGAGCUCAUCUCCGAUGAGGAGAAGCCGUUCUGGGUGAAGAAGGUGGAGCCGUGGAACAGCGUGCGGGUGACGUUCACGCUCCCGAGGGAGGCGGCCCUGCGGCUGCGCCAGCUGGCAGAGCGGGGGGACCGGGCCCUCAGGGACCUGGGCAUCCUGUCCGUGCAGCUCGAGGGGGACCAGAUCAUCAGCCUUACCCUGGCCGGCCGCUAUGGAGAGCCCCCUAAAGAGAUCAUCCUGCAGAAGGCGGCCGGCGAGGCGGAGCCGGGCUCUCCCUCCUCGUCCCCCGCGGGCCCCUCGUCCCCUGUGCCCGGCACGGGACGUCCUGGCCCCAGCGGAACCGCCUCGGAUUCCUCCUUGGCCCGUGGGGCCGCCCCUUUCGCCCUGGGGGCGGCCUCAACCAGCGGCGGAUUCCGGUCGCCGAACGUGGUGGCGCCGCCUCCGAGAGAGCCCCUGCCUUUCCUCUCCGGAGCGCAUUCGCGGUUCGUGCGGCCCGGGGCACGCACGACCCGUGCCCCGUUCCCGUUCGCCAGCAUGACCCACUCCAUGAAGCAGAACAGCAACGGUAGCAGUGGCGGCAGUGCGGCGGCGACGGCGAGUCGGUUCCAGUUCAAUGCGAUGGCUGCGGCAGCGGCGGCGUCACAGCGGGGCACAGCGACGACAACAACUGCGGCGUCCCGCGGCAACGUGGCGCUCUCGAGCCCGCUCCUUGUGAAUCUGCUGCAAAGUGAGACCGGCGGCGCGGGGGCGCUCCCGCAGAAGCUGAUGAUGCCGCCUCCCCUCGACACGGGUCAGCAACCCAAGCGGAAGCGGCGGCCCCCGCGGAGCGCCCGUGUUCGCGAUGGCUCUUCUCCCCCUGGUUCGCCCUCCUCACCGGCGAGCCCCGGCUACGACCCGCUUUCGGGCCAGGGCCACGGCUUCCCGCACAUUCCCCUGUCCCCGCCGCGCUGCGCAAGCACCACAAUUCCGAGGGCGACGUCGGCAGGCUCGUCACCUCCCGCUGAGGCACGCGUCACGAAGCACCUAAUCAACCCCUUCACAGGACACCUGGAACCCAUGCCCUCGGACGAGGAGGAAGAGGAGACCGCAGUCCGGGACCCCGAGACGUCGGAGUCCUCGGAGAAUGGGGGUCACUCGGAGCGGAGCCUCUCGGACGGUGGCAAGGAUUCGGCGUGUCCGUCCUCGGACACCGACUCGGGCAUCGGCAAGUCCUCCUCCUCGCAGUCGUCUAACGACCCGGAACCCCCACCGCGGGAAGAGGAGGCGCGGCCCGUUGCUGCGGUGACGGCCGCUUCUCCCGAGGGCGAGAAGCUGAAGCUGAGGCUGAAGCUGGACUCCUCCGCGAAGCGGAGCGUCGUCGUGGCGACCGCGGUGAAGCAGCAGCAGCCGGGUUCCGAGACACCCCCGUCAUCUCCACGGUCCCCAACGGGGGAGCCGCCCCGUGUCCCGCCCCUCCACAUCUCCCUGCGGGGCCCCAACGCAGCGGUGGUCGUGAGUCCGCACAAGGCGGACGUGGCGGCACCCAAGAAGCGGCCGCCGAGGCCCCCGCGAUCUUCGACGUCCUCUUCGUCGGAAGAGUCAUCGCGGAGGGGCUGCCGGAGCGGCACCCGCGGCCGCGACAAGGCGUCGGAGCGGCUGCGGGAGCUGAGCCUGCUGUCGGGUGGCGGCAUCGUGAGGGUGCCGGUGUCGAUGUCGCCGACGGUGGUGCUCACGCCCUUGCACCUUCAGCAUCCCAUGAGGUGUCCCCCCUCGUCGUCGUCGUCGCAUCCUGCGGCGAGGACGACACCCGCCUGUGCCCUCCCGGGGGCCUCGUGCGCCCAGAGUACAAAGGUGCCGCCCACCCCGCGAUGGUGCCCCUCCAGCUCACCCCUGGCUUCCUCCUGCGGCUCCGAGGCGGACUCGUCCGUCAGAGACGGAGGAAGCCCGCCGCAGGAACGGCCCGAACUACCUCACGCCCUCCGGUCGUCGGAUGGCUCCGCCUCCUCCUCCUCCUCCGCCCUGCCGCGGUCCGGCAACGGCGCCGCCAACAGUGCCUUGGGCGCCCCCGACGGGCGCACUGCCCCGCACCGGACUGUCCGUGCACAGCCUGUGCUCAUGGUCGAAGCCAACGGCACGCUACACUCCUCCGAAGACAACGACGAGCCCGACGAUGACGCUCAGAGGCCGUCGCCUGUCAGGCCUCGCUCCUGCCACUCGCCCGCAUCCGCUGCCAUGACGGCCCUGGCGUCCCGGAACAACAACAGUGCAAUAGAAGGGGUCGGCGGCGCUAAGGCAGCGACGACGAACCACGUCGAGUCGACGGACGACGACAUGGUGUUGGUGGAGAGCGUGCAGGAGCGCCGGGUGUCCCCCGUGGCACGGAUCAUCUCGGUGGACCCUGUCGCGGUGAAGAAGGCAUGUGCACCGGUGUUCGACGUAUCGGAACUAGACGUUCCGGUGGCGCUUGCGGCCGCCAAGCUGGGCGGCCUAGUGGGCGGAAACCACCGGAUGCCCACGUUGAUCCCGACGGGUGGCGGCGGCACGGCGUUUCACGGAGACGUGGUACUGCGCCGCGAGUACCGCCACCACUGCUCACAGCCCAACUCCGUCCUCAAGCCAGGCAUUGUGCGAAUGAACCGACUUAGGUUCAACGCAGGCUUCGCGCCUUCGGCUGCCUUGGCGCGCGCCGACACACUGGCGGUCAAGACCAACGGGGUGCUCUCGCCGCCGCCAGGCGAGUGCGACUCGACGAUCGACGCAGAGCUUGAGUGCAACGGACCGACGUCGACGACAACGCUGACGGUGCUGUCGCCGCAUGGCAGCGCGCUCUCGGCCAGCGGUGCGGUGAUUUCGGCAGCGGCGGACGGCGGCGGCUACGUGGAGCUUCCCUCGUCAUACUCGUUGGCGAGAGAGGGCGGCAUGUUGGCAAACGGCGGCGUGGACUUCUCGGUGGCGAACGGGGAUGGCGUGGUAACAACGACGCACCGAGACGGAGACGGCACGUCACCGGACUCAAACUCGGGGCCGCUGCCGAGUGGGAUUGGCGACGCCCUCCUGCUCUGUGACGGCGACCGGAGCGGUGACGAGGAGGCAAGCUCGGCGCUGUCUGAAGAGCGAGGGAGUUCUAGUUCUUCUCCGAGCAAGAGCCCGAGCAGGCACAUUCCUCUGGCAACUGUGCUGUCACCUGGUCGGUGCCAGUCGCCGCCGGGUGGCACUUCGAGUCCGGCCACCAUCACCACCACCACCGCCGCCGCCGCCUCUAGUCAGUGCGUGGCACCCGAGAGCGGUCUCUCCCCGUCGACGAGAGACACUGUCAUGCCCGCUUCCGCCGCCGCCUCGUGGAACUGCACCAAGGCGCAGUCCCUGUUGCCGCAGGACGGCGGUUUCUCCAACGCCAUGCAGGUUCCGAGCGGCCGCCUGAUCUCCUCAUCCCAGUGGGGAUCGUCGUCCCCCUCGGCCGACUCCUCCCAGCAGCGGCUGACCCUCAUCAUCAAGAGCGCCCUGGCCGGAGCGGGUGGGAGCCCCGGCACUGACACCUGCCAGCAGUCCCUCCUGAGCAGCCCCUCCUCGCUUGCGGCCGCCGCCAAGAUGCACCCGCUCAAGCUGCUCUCUCUACCCCUGGGGUCCCCUAGCCCCACCGUUAAGUCGGAACUCGUCGCUCCGACAAGCAGCACGCCGUCGUCGCCCGUCCUCGUCGUGUCGACCGUGUCUCCUGUCUCGACGGCUUCUUCCUUCGUCGUCGCAACAUCUGUCACCAGCACCGGUAUCUCAACGUCGUCGUCGUCUGCUCCGACGCACGUAAAGACGGACAACGAACCAGAUUCACUCGUCGCGCGAGAAGAGCCGGCUGACGACGCGUCAUCAGUGCCGGAUACGAUCGAAGCAAGCGAGUGCGUCCCAGAGGUCGUGGAAGGCAACCACUGGCACGACGAGGAUGUGACGCGGGUGGAACGAUUGGAACACCCGGCGGUGUUACUGGCGAACCACACGGGGGUGCAGUCUCCCCUGCUGGAGGCGCCGGACUCUUUCUCGGCCAUGCUGGCGACGACGGAGAACCCAGGCAUGGUGGACGAGGACGACCUCGCGGCGAGGCUGCGCGGCCUGGACAACCACCAAGGGGGCUCGGACGAGGACGAGCUGACGCACGAGGACGACAUCGGGAUGAUGCUGGAGGCGUCGCUCGAGAAGGACGGGCUCGGCGAGGAGGGAGAGGAAAGGCCCCGGAACCAGCGAAGACGUGCCGGAAGAGCGUCACCGACGCCGCCCACAACGCAACAGGCCGCAGCCUCCUCCGCCCCGUCGGCCCCGUCGGACCACUCGAGCGAGGAGGAAAUGUCGCUGAGCGAGCUGGCGCACAAGUCGCGGACGCGCGCCCCCUCCACGGGCGCCGGCCGGCCGCCCCUGCGGCCCCACCACCACCCUCCUCCUCCCGGGGGCAAGGAGAACGAGAGGGAGGAGGCACUGCCCCCUCCCCCGGCGCCCCGCAGGGAAGAGGGGACGGGGGGCCGGCCCAGGAGGCUGGCAGCCGAGCCCAAGGGGGGCCGGAAACUGCCCCAGCAGGGGGUGACGGUGGGGGCUGGCGGCGGCGUCCAACAGCAGCAGCAGCCGCAGCAGCAGGUGUCCACGGCCAACUCCCUGCUGCCAUCCGUUACGGAAGAGGCACUCCGAAGGGCCACCGAGAGGUCGAGGAGAUCCCCCGCCGCCACGCGCGACCACCGAUCUCCGCCUCGGGUGACGAACCAACGGGCUUACCGGCGGGACCAGGAGUCCUCUGGAAGGGACGACGACACGGUGGUCGCCAUCAAGAGGAAAACACGGGCGUCGGGACCCAGUACAGACUCCCAGCAGGAGGCGGCUGCCCCGAACAAGCGGCGACGCUACUCCAAGGACAGCCAUAGGUAGCAACCACUCACGGGGCCUUAGGAAGGGAACCAAGAAGAGAUAUCCCGCAUAUUUUCUGAAGAGAGCGCCUAUCUCCCCUUCCCCCGUUGCCCCCUGGCAUACCCUCCCUCCCUCACCCGUUGUGCCCUCUCCCCCUCCCCGCGCCGCAAUCGCACCCCGACGGCGGCGCAACUUGCGUUCCGGGCCACUCCCCUCCAUCAUGGUGCUGCCGUUGCCAACACAAGCUUGGGAAGGAGAGAUCGGACUGAGAAAGAGAGAGGCUACGAGGCCGGUCGAGAUGCAAUGCUUUUCUCGUUUUUCUUUUUUUCUUAACAUGUAUUUUUUUUUAUUU